GGUUUGCCUUCAUACUCGGGUCGCUGAACUCUGGCUCGGGUGCUACCUUGGAUCCAGGCAGAUCUGACGGACGAAGAGGAGUGAGUCCAGAGCAGAUGGCCAGGUCUUCGGUGGUUCCCUCUGCCGGGAUGAAAGUUGUACUGGACUGCUGCGGUAUGCUGCAGUACAGCAUGUCCACUGCACAGUCGUGUUUCUGUCCCGGCUAG